UUGCACUUACUGCUGUGAUAGACAAACCGGCAUGAAUUUUAUUUCUGUAAUGUAGCGUGUGAUUAAUCACGAGUUCGAGGGUCGGUUUUUUUUCUUCAGAAAUGUGUGUUUGGUUCCAGUUGUUUGACCUCUGAGAGGAUAGAGACUGAACAUGUGUGACGGUGACGUUAGCACUUCGGCUGUCCGUAUCGUCCCUCUUCACCAUCGCUGGGACCUUCUGGAGGCAUGUGCUGAACUACUGAACACUCAAUGGCAGCGCAGCAUGGGAGCGCGGCUCCACUCGCUCCGCCAGUCUCGCGACAGCUACCCAGCAUGUCUCGUCCUGCUGGAGGAUGAGAUGUUGAUCGGGCAUGCCCGGGUAUCACGUGUGCUAGGCAGCCGCAGUGCGUUCGUGGAAUCGGUGGUGGUGCGAGAUGAGCUGCGGGGGCGGGGCUAUGGCCGGGCGUUGAUGGAGGGUGUGGAGCGCUAUGCCCGCACCAGAGGUUUCAGCCGGCUCUACCUCACCACUCAUGAUAAGCAGUACUUCUAUGCCCACCUUGGCUAUGUGCUAUCGUGGCCUGUUCAGAACGUGGGCACAUUGGCCUCCCUCGUGCCAGAGGAACUACUCCAUAAGUUCUGCAGGACAGCUGAGAAUGAGGGGGACAGAGAGAACAGGAUGAAGGAUAAUACUGCUGUACCUAACAGUAAUCCCCUUCCACCACCCCCUCCUCCUCCACCACCACCAUCAAACCCAGUCCCUCUAACAUCUCCCUCUCGUCCUUCCUCCCUUCCUCCUUCUUUUUCAGCAGUCCACCCACCUCCUUCACCACCACCACUUCCUCCUCCUUGCACCUCCCCUUCUUUUGUCCCUCUACCUGCUCCAGCUCUUCCCCCAUCUUCAUGGGUUCCUGUUGAACAGACUCUGGAACAGACACCUUACACAGAUAAUCGAGGACUGCCUGUCUUCUGGAUGCACAAGAACAUCUGAUGUAGACACACAUCACCAGGUCACAUGCACACACACCCAUACCUCAGAACCUCGAAAUCUACAAGUCAUGAGCUCUCCCAGGCAAGGACUUUGGUUGAAGGACUGCUGAUCUGCAUCUCGGGGUAUUUCAUCACAGAUAGCCAGGAAAGAUGUUAUCUCUGUGAAAUAUGAUCACAAUACUGAAAUUGGAUGUGCCUUAAUACAUCAGAGAGAUUUUUUUUUCUUUAACAUAUCCAGUUAUGUUGACUUUGUACCAGAUAUCACUGCCAAGACAAUUAAAAUGGAUAAAUACUUUUGUUGUAUUGCAUUUGAAAUAAGUGUAUUUUUCCCCUGGUGUCCUGUUCUGAAGUAGGUUAUGUGUCAGUAAAUACAUUUACCUGUAGGCCAUAAGAAAUGCUGUCUGCUGAGGGUUGGUUACAUAUUUUUACUAGUUUCCUAGUCUUUGAUUGUCUUCUUAUAGGCCAAUGUUUCCCAAACCAGGCAUGUUGGGAGCUGGCAGAGAACAAACAAGUGGCCUGUCUGGGAUCCCUGACAAUCAAACCCCCACAUCAUUGCAUCAUUUGUAUUUGUGUCCUACAACAAAUGACUUACUGGGGCCAGUCACUGUAGUAUUGACCCUUCCCACUCACGUGACCUUCGUAAACGCGACCGCCAUUUUGGACAUGAAGAAAUAACGGUUUAUGGCACAGACCCUUUCGGUUCUCGCACAUCUAGCUGCUACAAUGACUGCUUAGACUGCAACAAUAAUACCUAACACACAUUUAAGUAUCCGUCGUAAAGACGUGAAACUCGUCGAGUGACGAGUGUGUUCAUUGAUAAGCUAACACAAUCUAAAAGUAGACAUACCAUCACACUGCCCUGGCGCUGUGUACAGUUUACCUUCUAUGGUUUGUGCACUCACUA